UUUUACAACAACACAAAUGACUCUGGUUUUGGAAAAAGCUGAUCAAUUCAGACACAUCAUUCGUAUUUUAAAUACUAAUGUCGAUGGUAAAUAGCGUCUUGCUUAUGGAAUUAGAAGCAUUAAGGGAAUAGGUAGACGCUUUGCCAUAUAAAUCUGCAAAGUGUUGAGAUUAGACUUAACCAAAAGAGCAGGAGAACUUACUGAUGAUGAGGCUCACAAGAUUACAGAAGUGAUCAAGUCUCCAGAGGCCUACAACAUUCCUAGAUGGUUCCUUAAUAGACAACGUGAUUUUAAAGACGGAAAGAAUUAUUAAGUAACAACAAAUGAACUUGAAACUAAACUCAGAGAGGAUUUGGAGAGAAUGAAGAAAAUUAAAUGCAAUCGAGGUUUGAGACAUCAUUGGGGAUUGAGAGUCAGAGGACAACACACAAAAACAACAGGUAGAGGAGGUUAAACCUUGGGUGUGGAAAGAAAGAAGAAGUGAAAUACAUUAUUUUUGUUAGAGCAUUAAAUAUUUAAGUCUAUUUCUUCUAUUUCCAUAUCUCUCUGUU